CCCGCGCCCGUUGACGCUUCCGGCCCCCAGGCAGCCCAAUUCGAAACCCUCCCUCCCCGUCCUCCCUUCCUUGUCUAGGCGGCAACGCCCUCCGUGCUUUAUAACCGAGCGGCCCCUCCCGUCCCGCGUGAGGCACCGAGACGAGAGACCGGCAGGGGGUGCAGCCCGCCCAUCCGAACCCCCCUUCCUCCUCCGGGUUCGCGUGAGGCUGCGCUGCUGCCGCCGCUGCCGCCGCCGGGGAGGAGGGCCAGGCGAGAUGGAGGCGGAGAAGAAGCCGCCGGCGGUGUCCGACAUGGGCGCCUGGGCGAUGAACGUCGUCAGCUCCGUCGGCAUCAUCAUGGCCAACAAGCAGCUCAUGUCCUCGUCCGGCUACGCCUUCGCCUUCGCCACCACGCUGACCGGGUUCCACUUCACGGUCACGGCGCUCGUCGGCUGGAUCUCCAACGCCACCGGCUACUCCGUCUCCAAGCACGUCCCGCUCUGGGAGCUCGUCUGGUUCUCGCUCGUCGCCAACACCUCCAUCACCGGCAUGAACCUCAGCCUCAUGCUCAACUCCGUCGGCUUCUACCAGAUCUCCAAAUUGAGCAUGAUUCCGGUGGUCUGCCUCAUGGAGUGGGUGCUCAACAGCAAGCACUACACCACCAAGGUUAUUUCUGCGGUGGUCGUUGUGGCGGCCGGUGUUGGGAUUUGCACGGUCACGGACGUCGAGGUCAAUGCCAAGGGAUUCAUCUGCGCGUGCGUGGCGGUAUUCUGCACGUCGCUGCAACAGAUUACCAUUGGCUCCUUUCAGAAGAAGUACAACAUUGGAUCAUUUGAGCUACUGAGCAAAACUGCACCAAUUCAAGCAAUUUCACUUAUUAUACUGGGCCCCUUUGUAGAUUACUACCUCAAUGGACGAUCGUUGUUGAACUACAAUUUUUCAGGAGGAGCAACUUUCUUCAUACUGCUUUCAUGCUCCCUGGCCGUCUUCUGCAACAUGAGCCAGUACCUCUGCAUUGGGCGGUUCUCUGCGACGUCGUUCCAGGUCUUGGGCCACAUGAAGACCGUGUGUGUGCUGAUCCUCGGCUGGAUCCUGUUCGACUCGGCCCUCACCGUGAAGAACAUCCUCGGGAUGCUGCUCGCCGUGAUGGGCAUGGUGGUCUACAGCUGGGCCGUGGAGGCCGAGAAGAAGGCGUCCACCCCGAUCCCCCGGAACAAGAGCGACAUGCUGGACGGCGAGGACGUGCCCCUCAAGGCCAGGGUGAGCGGCCUGACCCCCUCCGACCUGGAGGAAGGCGAGUUGAAGAGCUAGCUGGUGGCGGUGGUGAAGAUUCACUGAUUCUUCUUGUUCUUUUGUAAUUGUGCGCGCUCGCUCAAUCCAAGUUGCAUCUUCGAGGACUCCUCGAAGCUAUCGACGCUACACUUGUGUUAAUUUUGGCCAUUGUUGGGGGGAGUUCGUCCAUAGGUGACGACGGCUGCCCCCGGUUUCGACGUAGAUGAAACAACACUAUGACAGUUUGCUAGGGAUUUGUCAGGUGGGGGGAGGUGGAGGGAGCCAUUGUUAAUUCCGUGAUGGCGUGUUGUUAUAGAAGAUGGUGACAAGACUCGUAUAAUGGAAUACAGGUGUUUCUCCGUGGUAGGAUCCUAA